AUAGGGGCAACCCCACUUAUUCAUUUGGUGCCCAGUAAAUCUUUCACAGCGUAUUACGUGUAUUGGCACUAUCAUCAAUGGAGGUUGUACCAAGUGCUAACACCCAUCCAACCAACACCCCUCUUUAUCCGACUCCCUUGACUCACGGGCUCACUCGAGUUGUUGGCCUCGUUGUUAAUUCUUAACUUUAACACACAUUUUUAAUCCCUCAAUCGCAUUAAACUACUUAUCAUCUAUUUCAUUCACAUUCCACCAUGACCUCCAGAGAGACCGUCCUGAUUACAGGCUGCAGCAAUGAUGGCAUUGGCUCUGCCCUAGCCCUCGUUUUCCAACAGCGCGGAUUCCAUGUCUUCGCUACGGCUCGAGAUCCCUCUAAGAUGUCCAAGCUCAAUGGUCUUCCCAAUGUGACGCUGCUAACACUUGACGUCGUUAAGUCAACCGACAUCAAGGCUGCCGUCUCAGCCGUCUCGAAGGAGACAGGCGGUACCUUGAAUUACUUUAUUAGUAAUGCUGGUCAUAACCAUUUCAUGCCCAUUCUCGAUGAGAAUCUGGACACAGUUAGGGACCUCUUCGAGAUCAACUUUUUGGCCCCGAUUGCGCUUACUCAAGCCUUCGCCCCUUUACUCAUCAAGGCUAAGGGCAUGGCUGUGUAUGUUACCAGCAUCUCAGGAUAUCUCAAUAUUCCAUAUAUGGGGACAUAUGGGGCAUCUAAAAAAUCUCUGGAGAUUGCAGCUGAUACUAUGAGGCUUGAAUUGGCUCCCUUUGGCGUCGAUGUACUUGAAGUCGUCACUGGUGCUGUUAAAACUCUAGGGCAAACCUACUUUGAAGACUUUGCGCUUCCACCCCAGUCCCUCUAUAAGAGUAUCGAGGACAUUAUCGCUGCUAGGGCUCAAGGGAAGGACGGUAUGCCGCGGAUGGAAUCAAUGGAGUAUGCUAGCAAGGUUGUGGACGAAGUUGUGAAACGCACCACAGGCCGUUUUUGGUGUGGCAACAACGCCGACAGCGUUAAAAUGAGCACUACGGCGACCGCAGUGCCGCAAUCCGCUAUGGAUGCUGGGGCUGUUAUUGGAACUGGUCUUGAAAAACUGGGAAAAUAGAGCUUAUAACCUAUAGGGAUUAACAGCCUAGUGUUAAAAUCAUUGGAAUGUCAAUACACAACUCUUCUGCCUG